UUCUUGUACUUGCUGCUGCUGCUGUGUAGACAGAGACACAAACGCAUACCACCAGAUAAGAGAAACCACGUUAACCUCCUCCUGCUGCACCACUUGAUUAGUCCUCCAAUUUUCACCCUUUCACACUUCACAAGCCAAGAACCCUAAAUCCAAUCCCCAUUUUAGCUUUCAUUAGAAGCCAUUACCCAUUUUAGCAAUUCUGUUUUAGAUAUCGCUGUUUCUGUCCCUCCGCCAUUAAAGGCGGAAGCACACCUUUUGGGGAUAAUUCAGCUUCGAUAGCAAGCAAUUUAUAUUAGAGAAGAGAAAGCCACCAUUUAUAAGCCAGUCCAUAACUAUUCCAUAUUCGUUUUGAGAAAGGGAGGAGGGGAGGGGAGGGGAGUUAGUUACCCGUGGAAAAUGAGCGCUAAUUUCGGGGUUACGUUUGGUAUCUGUUUGGUCGUUUUGCUGUUUCAGUGUGGAGUUCCGUCGCAUGCGAUGCUGAAUCCGAUUGAUUUCCUGGCGCUGCAGUCGAUCAGACGGAGCUUAAGGGAUUUGCCUGGCUCCAACUAUUUUUCUGCCUGGGAUUUCACUUCCGAUCCCUGCAAGUUCCCCGGCGUAUUUUGCGAUGCCGAUAGAGUCGUCGCUCUCAAUCUCGGCGAUCCUCGGGCAGGUUCGCCGGGACUCACCGGCCGCCUCGACCCGGCGAUCAGUAAACUCUCCGCUCUGGCAGAGUUUACAGUCGUUCCGGGUCGGGUAUUCGGAUCAUUACCUCAAACCUUGUCUCGCCUGAGGUUUCUGAGGUUUUUGGCCAUUAGCCGGAACUACCUCACCGGAGAAAUUCCGGCGACCAUCGGCCAGCUCCGGGGGCUACGCACGCUCGACCUCAGCUUCAACCAACUCGCGGGGAGUAUUCCUCCUUCAAUCGGCACGUUGCCGGCGCUCUCGAACCUUAUCCUCUGCCAUAACCGCCUCACCGGUUCGAUUCCCCCGUUCUCCUCCCGGACGCUGACCCGGAUGGAUUUGAAGCACAACGAUCUGAGCGGUUCGCUGCCGGUCCACGGACUCCCGCCCUCACUCCAGUACCUCUCACUCUCAUGGAACCGCCUCUCCGGUCCAGUGGACCGGGCCGUUUCCCGCCUAAACCGCCUGAACUACAUCGACCUCAGCCUAAACCGCUUCACCGGCCCUAUCCCGGCCUGCCUAUUCACCUUCCCUAUCAGCAACCUCCAACUGCAGAGGAACCAAUUCGCCGGCACGGUCCAGCCGGUUCAGCCGGUGAGAAUCCAGACCGUCGACCUGAGCUACAACACAUUGUCCGGCCAUGUAUCGGCGAUGUUCUCGAGCGUGGAGAAUCUGUACCUGAACAACAACCGGUUCACCGGGGAAGUCCCGCGCAGCGUAGUGGAGCAGCUGCUGGCAGGGAGCAUACGAAUACUGUACCUGCAGCAUAAUUAUCUGACGGGGAUCGUCGGGAUUAAUCCGACGGUGCAGAUUCCUCUAAGGUCGUCGCUGUGUUUGCAGUAUAACUGCAUGGUCCUGCCCCUACACGCCUCGUCCUGCCCCCUCAAGGCCGGGACCCGGAAAACCCGCCCAAUGUCACAGUGCCGUGAGUGGAAAGGCUAAUUCUAAUUCUGUGGACUUGUCUCGUUUGUACCUUUUUGUCUGUGGUGAAGUGGCCUUGAGUAAGAUGUCUGUGGGAUGGAGGAACAUUGCUGGCAUUUUGUCUUGUUCACUUGAAUUGGGAAUCAUAAGUUAAUUAUCAUAUUUGGG